GGCGGAGCAGCGGCCACAGUUGCCCCAAGCAGCGCUCUUUGAGAGAGGCACGCGGCGGAGAGAGCUCCAAACGGUGGGGGCAGAGCAGCGACAGAGCAACAAGCAGCGGACAGAGCAAUCGAGAGCGAGAGAGGCGCCAGCAGGCACAUCCGUACUUAUCAGUACUAUGAUAUCCCCCCCAGACUGUCCUUUGUUGCCCCUCCCCGACGUGCUCUGUAAACCCCCUUUGCGGAGCAACCUCUCACCUUUUUAUGGACUUCCGCAGCAAUAGAUCUGGUAAACAAUGAUGUCCCCGCCCCACGGCCCGCUCCCUGGGCACUAUCACAUUCUGCCGGGCCCGUUCAAGCGUAAUUUAAUUUCUUGCGCCAUUUAUUUAUAGUGUUCAGGAGGCAAAGGAAGCCGGGCCAACGGCCAGGAUAGUUUUGCCUGCGGAGCUCCAGGAUGGGUGCAGGUGACGCGGAGAACGGCAAGAAGAUCUUCGUGCAGAAGUGCGCCCAGUGCCACACCUACGAUGUGGGUGGCAAGCACAAGGUGGGCCCCAACCUGGGCGGGAUCGUGGGCCGCAAGAGCGGCACCGCCGCGGGCUACAAGUACACGGAGGCCAAUAUGAAGAAGGGCGUCACCUGGACGGAGGGCAACCUGGACGAGUACCUCAAGGACCCCAAGAAGUUCAUACCCGGCACCAAGAUGGUCUUCGCCGGUCUCAAGAAGGCUGAAGAACGCGCCGAUCUGAUCGCCUUCCUCAAGACGAACAAGUAAAAGAUAAAGCCUGCGAAGCAACAAGAUCGGUGGCGUAAUAUCAGGAACACUGCGCUAAAUAAGUCAUUCAAAAGCUUUCGCUGUCGCUUUAGUUUAUUUUAAGCCGGCAGCAAACCCAUUCCCAAUAAUAUUUAAAAGUUGUUUUCUUCUUCUUUAUUCAAUUAAAGUGGAUGAAACUAA